GGGGCGCGAGGCUCCGAGCUGUCAGAAUUCCCUCUCCAGACCAUCGCGGAGGCGCUGUCUCUGUUCCCGAGGUCAUCACCGCCGCAACAUGCCCGAACCAAAGAAAGCCGUGUCCGCCUUCAGCAAGAAACCCGCCUCGCUGGAGGUGGCCGCCGGCUCAGCGGCCGAGUUUGUGGCCGAGACGGCCAAGGUCGGCGCCAAGGUCAAGUGGCAGCGAGACGGCAAGGAGGUGGCGGCCGGCGGUCGCGUGUCCGUGCAGGCCGAGGGCAACCGCCACACGCUGAAGGUCGACGCGGCCGCCGCGGAGGACGCGGGCUCCUACGCCGUGGUGUGUGGCACCUCCAAGGUCAAGUUCGAGCUCAAAGUCAAGGCGGCGGCGGCUGCUGCUGCUGCGGCGGCGGCGGCGGAGGCAGCAACUCCGGUAGCUGCCUCUGCAGCCAUGGAGGCGUCGCCGGCACCAGCGGAGGCGAACGGAGCUCCAAAUCAAAGCGCAACUGCGGCGGCCAAUGCUGACGGUGCCCCAGCGAGCGAUGGAGACGCGCCCACGCCGGAAUUAAAUCCUGAAGACAUGCUCACAGGAGAAGCGCUGGUUAUGGCGCGCAAACUCUCUCUGGCGAGAUGCAACACUCCAGAGGUGGCGGAAGGGGAGCGGCGCCAGGAGCUGACCGGCCUCUUCCUGGAGAAGCCGGUGUCCACGGUGAUUAACAUGGGAGGAGACGCGACGUUCGUGGCCAAGGUGCACGCCGAGAGCCUGUCCAAGAAGCCGUCGGUCAAGUGGUUCAAGGGCAAGUGGAUGGACCUGGCCAGCAAGGCCGGCAAGCACCUGCAGUUCAAGGAGAUGUAUGACCGCAACACCAAGGACUUCACGUUUGAGAUGAAGGUGAUCGCCGCAAAGGAGAACUUCAGCGGCUCCUACCGAUGCGAGGUGUCGAUGAAGGAUAAAAUCGACAGCUGCCCCUUUGACAUCACGGUCGAGGAAGCGCGGGACAGCGCACAAGUGCUCGACAUCCGCCAGGCGUUCCGCCGAUCGAGCGUCAUGGGAGAUGACGCAGGCGAGUUGGACUUCAGCGCCCUCCUUAAAAAGAGAGGAGGAGAGCUGAAGGAGGUGCAGGAGACGGGUCCCGACGAGGACGUCUUCAAUCUGCUCAAGAACGCCAACCCCCACGACUACGAGAAGAUCGCCUUCCAGCACGGAAUCACCGACUUGCGCGGCAUGCUGAAGAGGCUGCGGCGCAUGAAGGCCGAGAAGACCAAGAGCGCAGCCUUCCUCAAGAAGCUCGACCCCGCAUACCAGGUGGACAAGGGCUCCAAGGCGCGCUUCGUGGUGGAGAUGAACGACCCCAACGCAGAGGUCAAGUGGCUCAAGAAUGGCCAGGAGAUUCGGCAGAGUGGCAACAAGUACAUCAUGGAGACCAAGGGCAACCAACGCAUCCUCGUCAUCAAGAACUGCAACUUGGCCGACGACGCCGCCUACCAGGUGAUGGUGGGCGACGAGAAGUGCAGCACAGAGCUCUUCGUCAAAGAGCCGCCUGUGGUCAUCACGCAGGGCCUCGACGACCACUCCGUGCUGGUCGGGGAGCGCGUGGAGAUGAUGUGCGAGGUGUCCGAGGAGGGAGCUGCCGUCAAAUGGAUGAAGGACGGCGUGGAGCUGACCCGCGAGGAGACGUUCAAGUAUCGCUUCAAGAAGGACGGCACUCGCCACUGCCUCAUCAUCAACGACGCCACCAAGGAGGACGCGGGCCGCUACAGCGUGCGCACAAACGGCGGCGAGUCCAUGGCCGAGCUGCACGUCGAGGAGAAGCAGCUGGAAGUGCUGCAGAGCAUCGCGGAUCUGACCAUCAAGGCCCAGGAGCAGGCCGUGUUCAAGUGCGAGGUGUCCGACGAGAAGGUGACGGGUCGGUGGUUCAAGAACGGUGUGGAGGUGAUGCCCACCCCGCGCAUCAACGCCACGCACGUGGGCAGGAUUCACAAGCUCACGAUCGACAACGUGACGGAGGCGGACGAGGGCGACUACACAUUCGUGCCGGACGGCUACGCCAUCUCGCUCUCCGCCAAGCUCAACAUGCUGGAGGUGAAGAUUGACUACGUGCCAAGACAAGAACCGCCCAAGAUCCACCUGGAGACGAGCGACAAGAUGCAGCAGAAUACCAUCGUGGUGGUGGCCGGGAACAAGCUGCGCCUGGACGUGCCCAUCACCGGGGACCCUGCGCCCAAAGUCAUCUGGCAGAGAGGAGACCAGGGCAUCUCCACGAUCGCGGGCCGCGUGCGCGUCGAGUCGUUCCCGGACCACAGCACGUUCGUGAUCGACUGCGCGGAGCGUGGGGACCAGGGCGAGUACUCCAUCACCGUGCAGAACGAGGCCGGAGAGGACAAGGCCGACAUGCACAUCAAGGUCGUGGACGUGCCGGACCCCCCCAUGGCUCCCACCAUCGGAGAAGUGGGCGAGGACUGGUGCUUCGCCAAGUGGUCACCCCCCGCGUACGACGGGGGUCUGCCCAUCCUGGGCUACGUGAUCGAGCGCAAGAAGAAGCAGAGCUACCGCUGGAUGAGGCUGAACUUUGACCUGUGGAAGGAGCUGGAGUUCGAGGCAAAGAGGAUGAUCGAGGGCGUCUCGUACGAGAUGCGCAUCUACGCCGUCAACGCCAUCGGAAUGUCGCUGCCCAGCUCACCGAGCCGACCCUUCGUGCCCAUCGCCCCCACGGGGGAGCCCACGAACCUGAGUGUGGAGGACGUCACCGACACCACCGUGACGCUCAAGUGGCGCGCGCCGGAGCGCAUCGGCGCCGCGGGGCUCGACGGAUACCGCAUCGAGUACCGCAAGGAAGGCACGGAGGAGUGGGUGGUGGCGAACCCGGACCACCUGACGGAGCGCACGGGCUACACAGUGAAGGGGCUGCCCAUGGGCGAGAAGCUGCACUUCCGUGUGACUGCGUGGAACGCCGCCGGCCCCAGCAAGCCCGGCCUCACCAACCAGGCCGUCAUCGUGCGCGAGGUCGUGGAGCGACCCAAAAUCCAGAUGCCCCGUAACCUCCGUCAGGUGUACAUCAAGCGCGUGGGAGAGACCAUCAACGUCCUCAUCCCUUUCCUGGGUAAGCCCAAGCCAAAGGCGACGUGGAAGAAGAACGGCGAGCCGGUGGACAUCAAGCACGUGAGCGUGCGCAACAGCGACACGGACAGCAUCCUCUUCAUCCGCAAGUGCACGCGCGCUGACUCGGGCAAGUAUGAGCUGAGCGUGCAGAUCGACAACCUCGAGGAUAAGGCCAUCCUUGAGCUCCAGGUCAUCGAAAAGCCCGGUCCGCCGCUCGCCGUGAAGAUCCUGGACGUCUGGGGCUUCAACGUGAACCUGGAGUGGAAGCUGCCGACCGACAACGGCAACUCGGAGAUCACCGGCUACACCGUGCAGAAGGCCGACAAGAAGACGAUGGAGUGGUUCACCAUGGUGGAGCACUACCGGCGGACGAGCUACACGGCCUCCGACCUCAUCAUGGGCAACGACUACUUCUUCCGCGUCUUCGCCGAGAACAUGUGCGGCCUGAGCGAAGAAGCCGGCAACACCAAGAACAGCGCCUACAUCCAGAAAACCGGCUCGACGUACAAGCGGCCGCUGUACCAGGAGUACGACUUCAUGGAGGCGCCCAAGUUCACGCACCCCCUCGUCGACCUCGUCGCCGUCGCCGGCUACAACGCCACGCUCAGCUGCUGCAUCCGCGGGAACCCCCGGCCCAAGAUCGUGUGGUUCAAGAACAAGGUGAACCUGCAGGAAGAUCCGCGCUACCGCAUGUUCGGGCACCAGGGCGUGUGCACGCUGGAGAUCCGCAAGCCUGGCCCGUACGACGGCGGCGUCUACACCUGCCGCGCCAUCAACUCGCUCGGUGAGGCCGAGGCCGAGUGCAAGCUGGAGGUCAAAGGCACGCCCAGCCUGCUCUCCCUCAUGCUGCUGGGGAUGCCGAUCACCUACGGCGACCUCGACGAUGACAUCUUGACCGUGGAGUUGACCGCCAAGCUGGGAGUCUGACGGGGGCAGAUCCACCCACGACGAUCCUGCACCGCACAGCAAGAAAACCGCAACACACAGCCAUGGGCAGCUGCCAGUUAUGAAUGCCGACUUAACUUUUUUUUUUAUUUUACCCCAAAACCCCUGUUUUAAUUCGACACGCCCUAAUUGAUGCGUGCAGAUUUCCAUUAUCUAUUCGCCUGAACGUUUGCACGGAUAAGGGGAGUCAAAUCGGAAGUGGCAUCAACAUGCAUCCAUUCAUCCGAGCCUUUGCAUGGAUGAUUAUCCCAGAUCUGUCCCCUGGAAUAAAUGAAUCCUUCCUGUCUUUGCCUAAAUGGGGAGGGGGGCAUAAAAAGGAGCAAUCUUCCCCUCGGAGCCCCCCCCCCCCCCACACAUUAAAGUGGAUUAGAGAAGGGUCAACACUUAGGACAGUGGUGUUUGUUAUUAUUCAUGAAUGCGUUUAAACUCAAUGUUAAUGGCACUACCUAAAACCGUUGAUGUACUCGGAGAGUACCUGAUUGGCUUUCAACUGCUGGAUGAAGACCUUCACAUUUUCCCCAAAAGCAUUCCAUCCUGCACAAGGAUGAGCCGGAGAUGAUUUUGGAAAAGUGAAUUUUGGUGAUGCGGUGAAUUUGAUGAUGCGGUGCGGAGGCUGUAUUACCUAGUCACGCUGCACUUAUUGCCUUUAUAGGACACACGCACACGUUUUCUUGAGACUCCUGUUUUGCUCAGAUGCAUGAGGAGGAGCUGGAUGGCACCCACUAUGCAUGUUGACGCACGGUAUUGAACGUGGCACCCUCAAAUUGUAUUUAUUUUAUUUUAGAUAUUUUUUCUUCUUUCUGGUAACAAGGUUGAGCACGAGAUGGAAAGGGAAGGACUGGGUCACACAGCACAGUCAAUAGAUCACGAAAUAGAAUAGGUCUUGCAUGUUUAUGACUGCACGCUUAGCAAAUUAAGUAAAUAUAAUGUCGUUAAACCCGCCACCACCAAACCCACAACAUUUUGCGGGUUUGGUCAAGUCCGUUUCACCGUUUACAGUGCCACAUUUUGUGGAUUACUCUCCAACACACCGGUGCGCUGAACUCGUAACUAAUUGGCAUGUUUUGUUUACGUGACAAACUUUACUAAUUGGCUGUGUCAGGUGGUGGCGGGUUUAACGACACAUUCAUAUUUACGCGAUCUAACAAAAAAACAUUAUGGAUAGCAGAGAUUUGUAGAACUCUUCCUCUAUUUGGUUUUUAUUCUAAGAUAUUUUCAGCCAAGUUACGAGUAAUCCAUAUAAAUGUAAAUUUUCAACGUUGCAUAUCGCGCUUGCUGGGGGACUACGGUAUAGACGGAUAUGCGAAUAAGGUCGUAUAAGUGAACAUGUCUUGAAAAUGACUGCUCGACCACGGAGUACCAACGCCGCACUGAGUGUGGUCCGGUUAAUUGGUCGGGGAGGAUCUGUGACGCUUAGGUAUGCGACUUGAAUUACAUGCGGCCCUCUAACGUCAACUUUAACAACACAUAUUUCACACGAAACAUGUUGCUGCCAGUGUCACUCUCACUGGAAUCCGAAGAGUAAUGAAUAGGAUUAAAAACCACUCGGUUCGAGGAACUCGCCGACUUGCAACUCCACCACGUGAUCCUCCGUCGCGGAUGUUUUCCCCUCGCUGUCACCGCGCGUCAUUGGAUGGGAUUUGUCACGCGUGGCUUAUUUUCGAAUUAUGUUAUAUUCACUGUGUCCCAAAAUGCAUUUAUUCAGUGGGGGGGCGGGGGGGGGGCGGACAACUACGUUAAGGCACGUACAGGUAUGUUUUUUUGUUUAAUCCUGGUCGCUCAUAUGAUAUUAGUUCUUUUUGGGUAGGCCAUAAACCAGUGUUUGUCCGCCCUAUCAAUAUGUCUGCACUAUGUAAUUCAAAUAAGGGGCACUUUCUCACGUACAAAAACAAACCACAGCGAAUAGGAAAACCCCCGUAACUGUGUGUGAUGCAGGCUGUUACUGCAGUGCGCGCGCAUUUAUGAGAGCAAAAGCGACAAAGUGCGGCCAACUCAAGGCUCGUGGCUAGACGGUGUGCCUCGUCUGGGAUGAGGAUUGCCUGGCGCUUGGAAGUUUCAUUCGUCCGAUGCUACGUGAUACACAACGGCAAUAAACGUAUUUAAAACACGUAAACUCGAAUGGA